AUGCAUUUUGAAGAGCUUGCAAAUACAAAUUUGCAAAAAUAUCGACAAAUUCAACAUCAAUUAGAAGAUGCGGAAGAACGUGCUGAUAAUGCGGAAAAUUCCGUCACAAAAAUGCGUUCAAUGAGUCGAACAGCAAUGUCAGUUGGACCAGGUGUUGGAUUACAAGCAACACGUUCCGCUACCGUACUUCGUUCAUCAUCACGCAAUCGAAUUACCGACUAUUAA